AUGGAUCUUUCCCGAGUCAUCAAGCCCUGGAAAUUGUCACCUCCGAAGACUCUGGUCUUCGUGAACGCGACUAUCAUCGAUCCCGUCGAAGGGCAAUUGAUCCAAAAUGCCACUGUCAGGAUAUCUGGAGGAAAGAUCGUCCAAAUCGACACAACUGGCUCCGAGACUGCAAAGGAGGGUGUAAAUGACAGCGAAAUCCUCGAUCUUAGCGGAAAGUACCUGUGCCCAGGCCUGAUUGAUUGCCAUGUACACAUUGCGGUGACUCCAGGCGAAGCAGAUCUGCGGGCAUACAAGGAUAUGACCGAGCGAAUCAGUCUUCUCCGACAGCCACAUGUCCUCAAGACCAUGCUAGAGCGCGGAUUCACCUCCAUCCGAGACUGCGGUGGCGCCAGUCUUGCCGUGAAAGAGGCCAUUGAGGAAGGCGUUGUACCAGGUCCUCGACUAUUCAUCGCUGGCUUUGCGCUCUCCCAGACUGGUGGACAUGGUGAUAUGCGCGGUCCACACGAAGGUCAGCUCUGCUGCGGUGGAUCAAUUUCUGGUAUUAGCAGGAUUGUCGACGGACCAGCCGAGUGCUACAAAUUCGCACGCGACGAACUUCGACAGGGAGCAGACUUCAUCAAGAUCAUGGGCGGAGGCGGCGUGGCCAGUCCUACCGACCGCAUCGAACAUGUGCAGUUCUCAGACGAGGAGAUCAAGGCCAUCGUCACCGUUGCGCAGAAUGCGGGAACAUAUGUGACCAGCCACAGCUACACACCCCGAGCCAUUCAGCAAGCCAUCAAGCUAGGUGUCCGCGGCAUCGAACACGGUAACCUGAUCGACUUGGAGACAGCGCAGCUGAUGGCCGAGAAGGGGGCAUUCCUCACGCCUACUCUCAUCGCCCACGUCAUGUCCAAGCAGAUGAACUUCCUACCACCAGAUGGCGCAGCCAAAAACGACGAAGUUCUCGAGAAGGGACUGCGAGCGAUGAAAAUGGCUGUUGACACCGGUGUCACCGUCUGUUUCGGCACUGAUCUCCUAGGCCCGAUGCAUUUCGCUCAAAGCAAGGAGUUUUCCGUCCGUAGCAAGGUUCUGACCCCAAUUCAGAUCCUGCAGAGUGCUACUAUCAAUGCUGCUCGUCUUCUCAUGCAAGAAGACCGACUGGGUCAGAUCCGGGAAGGCUUUGCGGCGGAUCUGCUGAUUCUGGAUGCAAACCCAUUGGAGGAUAUCACGGUUCUGGACCGGAGUGAGCAAAGUAUUCUUGGUGUUGUGAAGGAUGGGAGAGUUAUGACGUCCCGAUGGGAAAAGCUGAGCACAGACGCAUGA